AUGUUUCGCUCUUUUAUAACCGCUUUAUUGCAACGUAAUAAUCAUAUUCGUUCAUCGUUAUUAUGUUCUCGAAUUGUCUCAUCAUCGUAUCAUAGUGAUUCUCAUAAUGAUGAUUCGCCACAAUCCACGUUCGAUGAACAACGUCUAUCAUCACAAGAAGCAACGGGUAUAUUAAGAACACAUGAAGCUAGUAUUGAUUUAGAAGCGGAUUGUCCCGUUCGUUACUAUGAAGUGAAUUAUUUAGGUGCCAAUAAUCCUCCUGAAGAUAGACAAGCACAAGCACGUUUACGUUCGUCUUCUUCCAUACCCGCGAAUAAAAAAGAUACCAGUAUGUAUCUUUUUGGUGUUUUUGAUGGUCACGGAGGACCAUUGUGUUCGGAUGUUGUUGGUCAGCGUCUAUUUGAUUAUAUUGCUGUUACAUUACUAUCACCAAAACAAUUACAAGAGAUUUUACAAAAUAUUCAGUCGAAUACUUCAACAGCAGCAGCUGCACAAUUAUUACACUCAUAUUACAAUCCGUAUAAGGAUUCUAGAAAUUCGAAAGUAAAAGAAUUGCAUAAUACAAAUUUAGUGAAACAUAUUGAAGAAAUUUAUUCAACAUUUGAUUUAGAUAAUAACGAUAUUGCUCACGCGUUAGAAAAUGCAUUCGUCAAAUUGGAUCGUGAUAUAUGUGCAGAAGCUAUUCCACCUGAACAACAACCAGUAGAUGAAGAUUUAUUACAAAUAGCUACAUGCGGAUCAUGUGCUUGUGUAGCACUUGUCAAAGAACGAGAUUUAUAUAUAGCCAAUUGUGGAGAUGCACGAGCUAUUCUUGGUACAAUCGAUGAUGAUGGCAAUCCUCGUGUAAUCAAUUUAUCUCAUGAUCAUAAUUCAAAGAAUACAUCGGAAGUUGAACGUUUAUUAAAUGAACAUCCAUCAAGUGAAUCUCAUUCUGUCAUACGUAGUGAUCGUUUGUUAGGUUUACUCAUGCCAUUUCGUGCAUUUGGUGAUAUACGAUUUAAAUGGCCUGCUAAUUAUUUAAAAGAAUAUGUACAACCUUAUUAUAAGAAAGGUGAUGCUAUUCCACAGUUUUAUUUAACACCACCUUAUUUAACAGCUAAACCAGAAAUAACAAAACAUAAAUUAACUCGACGUGACAAAUUUUUGGUAUUAGCCACUGACGGUGUUUGGGAUCAAUUAUCAGCGGAAAACGUUGUUCAACUAGUAUUUAAUCAUCAAAAAGGUAUAUUAAGUUUUGAUCGUUUUAUUUUAUCCAAAGAUAAUAAACAAACUCAAACAAAAUUACGUGAUAUCAAUGAAUUAUUAUUAGCUCGCCAACAAGCAAUUAAAAAUCAACCAAUUGAUCAAAAUACGGCAACACAUUUAAUUCGACAUGCUUUAGCAUAUACAUCCAAAGGAAAAUUUGAUUCAAAAUUAUUAUCAGACACGUUAACAUUUCCAAAUCCAAGAUCAAUUCGAGACGAUAUAACAAUAACAGUUAUCUAUUUUGAUUGUGAUUAUAUUGAUAGUCAAGAAAAUGCGAAUGGUUAA